UUAUGGAUUCAUACAAAAAUGACAGUGAAAUGACAUAUAUUAUAAACAUAAUCAUUGCUAUUUUUGCAAUAAAAAUCCAAACGUCCUCCUCCUUGCAUGUGGCUCGUUGGUCUAGGGGUAUGAUUCUCGCUUUGGGUGCGAGAGGUCCCGGGUUCAAAUCCCGGACGAGCCCUCUGUUUUCUUGUACAAUCUCUUGAUCUAUUCAUUUAAUUUUCAACGUUCUGUCUUAAUCUGAGCCUACACAGUUUACCUAUGUUUCUCCAAGCCCCUCCUCUACCUCCCACCCACGCUCCUCCACCUGCCGUCCGCCAAAGCCCGGAACAAAGAGCGUCUCGGCCAUUCUGCUUCCCCAGCUGUUGCUCUGGGAGGGUUCAGGCCGUGAGAAACACAGAGAUGUUCCGCCCCCAAAAACGGACGCUCCUAACAGGCGGCAGACGAGCCGGUUCUCUGACACUAUUCACUGCAGAGAGGCUGAGCUGCUCAGACACAGAAGAUACAGAUCAGAAGGAGGGAUAAUUAACGGGUUACCUGCAAAGACCAGCUGUGGACACACCCUGGGAGCUUGGCGCCUGCAGCAUCCAUCAGCUCCAACAGGUUUUGCCAUCACAGCCUCCUGGUAGACUUCCCUCUCCAGAUCAGAUUUUCUUGGCGAAACUUCCUGCCAUCCACCAGUCCGUCUCCACCAUGGUUCUCUGCGAGGAUGGCGAGUGCAGCGUCUGCCUGCUGCCCUACUCCCGGAUGGACCGGAUCCCUCGGGUGCUGCACUGCCGCCACACCUUCUGCGACCCGUGUCUGGAGACCAUUUCACAGGUCAGGAGUGGCCUGAUGACCGUCGGCUGCCCUCUGUGCCGCCGGAUCACCUGCAUAGGUCGAGGACUCAGUCUGCAGGAAGCUCUUUGGGUCAAUAACAAACUGUGGGAGCAGAUACCAGAGGAGGAGGAGGAGGAGGAGGAGGAAGAAGAGGAGGAGGAGGGGGAUGGACUGAAGGGAAAAUCUGAGGAGGAGAGGAUGCAGGCUAAACAGCAGCCCUCAUCACAGGCAGGAUGCGUCUCCAUGAGGUCCAACAGAACGAAGCUCAGACUGCCAGCGUUCUUCAAGAGGUUCAGCUGGACGAAGCAGCACCAAGAGAGGAUCGUCCCCGGAGGAAACGUGGAAAUGAAAUCCUGGCGCAGACUUUCAACUGACUUUUAGAGAAGUUCUCAGGACUUCAUGUGUGGACGUUAAACACCACUAGAAGGCCAGACUCAACUUUGUUUGAACAGUGGAUGAAAGUUGAGGACUGAGAAUCCAUUUGUGUUCCUGUCAAGACGAUGUUUUGUCCUCAGCCAAAGGUUCCUCGUCUCCCCAUUAUUUAUUCUGGGCUUAAUUCUCCCAGCUGGUGCUGUGGGAUUUAGUUCAGCUGUCCCAGUGGGGCCAACACCCAGAGACCCCCUCCCAACAGAUGGUCUCCUCUGUGUUUGAACCCUCAACAUCAUAACUUAUUCCUUUUUUUAAGUUAAAAUAGCUAGCUGACAAAGUAUUUAAUAAAACUAUUUUUGAAACUA